CACACAAGAAAACCAAAUAAGGGAAUGAAUUAAAAAGAAAAAGAAAAUAGAAUAAAAAACAAUGAGCGGAAAAGUACUAGUCUCUGGUGUAUCCAUCAUUCUUGUGGUGGGUGUUGCCAUCGGUGUCGUUGUCGUCGUUAACAAAAAGGGUAGUGAUCCUCAAAUAGCAGCACACGAGAAAAAUGUGCAAUCCAUGUGUCAAGCAACUGAAGAUCAACAACUUUGUCAUGACACUCUUAUCAGCGCGAAACCGGCCAAUUCCUCCGAUCCAACAGCUUAUUUAGCAACUGUAGUUCAAGCGAGUGCGCAAAGCGUUAUCGCUGCAUUGAAUAUGAGUGAUCGGCUAUCGGUUGAACACGGUGACAAAGACCCCGGUAUCAAAAUGGCACUGGAUGAUUGCAAAGACUUAAUGCAAUUCGCUCUCGAUAGUCUUGAAGCUUCGGCUAAUUUGGUUCGCGAUAACAACAUUCAGGCGAUUCAUGAACAGACGCCUGACUUUAGAAACUGGUUGAGCGCUGUUAUAUCGUACCAACAGUCGUGUAGCGAAGGGUUCAGUAACGGGACAAACGGCGAGGAAAAGAUCAAAGAACAGUUGCACACAGAAAGUUUGGACAAAAUGGAGAAACUAACCGGCAUCACACUUGACAUUGUAGCUAGUAUGGCUAACAUCCUUCAGGCUUUCGACUUGAAGCUGGAAUUGAAUCCAGCUUCUCGUCGUCUUCUGGACGCUAACGAGAUUGACAAUGAAGGACUGCCUACAUGGUUCUCUGCUACAGAUCGUAAGCUACUGGCUCAGCCAGGUGGAGGUCCUCCCCCAAAUGCAGUAGUUGCGAAAGAUGGUAGUGGCAAAUUUAAGUCAGUUAAAGCAGCUAUUGAUUCAUACCCUAAGGAUUUCAAAGGAAGAUUCAUUAUCUAUGUUAAGGCCGGAAUCUACGACGAGUACAUCACCAUUCCGAAAAAGUCGAUUAACAUUCUUAUGUACGGUGAUGGCCCUACAAAGACCAUUAUCACCGGUCGCAAAAACUUCGCCGAUGGCGUGAAGACAAUGCAGACAGCCACAUUCGCGAAUACUGCAAAUGGAUUCAUUGCAAAAUCAAUUGCAUUCGAGAACACAGCAGGUCCAGAAAAACAUCAAGCAGUGGCAUUUAGAAACCAAGGAGACAUGUCAGCGUUCUUCGACUGCGCCAUGCAUGGUUUCCAAGACACAUUAUACGUCCAAACCAAUCGUCAAUUCUACCGCAACUGUGAAAUCUCUGGCACAGUAGACUUCAUAUUCGGCACAUCUCCAACGUUGAUUCAAAACUCAAGAAUCAUCGUCCGAAAACCAGGACCUGGUCAGUUCAACACAGUAACCGCGGACGGAACAAAGCAGCGUAACAUGGCGACAGGAAUCGUGAUCCAGAACUGCGAAAUCGUUCCAGAGAAUGCUUUGUUCCCGGUCAGGAUGCAGUUCAAGUCAUACUUGGGUAGGCCAUGGAAAGACUACUCUAGGACAGUUGUUAUGGAAUCGAACAUUGGCGAUCUUAUCACACCAGAAGGGUGGAGUCCUUGGGCUGGAACUCAAUUUCUGAAUACAUUGUAUUAUGCAGAGUAUGCUAAUACUGGACCUGGUGCUAAUCUUAAUGGAAGGGUUAAGUGGAAAGGUUAUCAUCCAAAUAUAAAUCAGAAUGAAGCUGCUCAAUUCACUGCAGGACAGUUCCUUAGAGCUGGACCAGCUGGAAGAGCUGAGGAUUGGUUGAGGGCUACUGGUGUUCCUUAUGUACUUGGAUUUGGAAAAUAGAAGAAAUUAAUACAUUGUUAGCUACAAUUGUGUGCUUUUAUGUACACAAGUUUGAUGAUUAGUUAUGUACUUAGAAAAAACUUACUAGCUUACAUGCAUGUUGAUUCUACUUUGAAGCUGGUCUCAAUUUCAACCUAGCUCAUCAGUGGAAUCCUUUAUUGAGAAAUUUUGUACUUGUACAACUACUAUGUUAGUUGAAUUUUUUUAUACAUGAAGUUGUUUAUUAAAACAUGGCAUCCCAACACCAC